AGUGUUAUCAAAAGGAGAAAGAAAAAACAAGUGUUACUGGAUUUGCCAGCAACUGGACUGUGACACAUGAUUUGGUGUCCUUGGAGAAAAGCAUUUCAAGGGGAAAAUGAGGAAACAUGGAUGGCAACUUCCAUACCAUCCUCUUCAGGUGGUGGCUGUUGCUGUGUUCUUGGCACUUGGGUUUGCUUUCUACGUCUUCUUUGCUCCUUUUGUUGGGAACAAGAUUCAUCAGUACAUUGUGAUGGGCAUUUACACUCCUCUGAUUACAUGUGUGGUUGGACUGUAUAUAUGGUGUGUGGCUUCAGAUCCUGCAGACCCUGGAGUUUUCAGGUCAAAGAAGUACCUUAAAAUACCUGAAAACGAGAAAUUUACUCAAUCAAAGGGCACAAAAGAUAGUUGUGGUGGAUCAGCUAUAGGUGGUGCUAAGUCUCAUGACAGCACAUGUGUAAAUGAUCAAGAAAAUGGAACUAACAAGAAACAGGAGUCAUCGCAAAGAUCUCGUCUCCUGGGUGUGCUUUGCUCUCCUUGUGCAUUGAUUUGUGGUUGUUGCAGUGGAAGAGAUGAAUCUUCUGAGCAGCAGAUUAGUGAGGAUGGGAUGUUCUAUUGCAGUCUAUGUGAAGUUGAGGUCUUCAAAUACAGCAAGCAUUGCAGAGUUUGUGACAAAUGUGUGGACCGUUUUGAUCAUCACUGCAGGUGGCUAAACAAUUGCAUUGGCAAGCGGAAUUACAGAAAGUUCUUCAGCCUCAUGGUAUCAGCUAUUUUCUUGCUCAUUAUGCAAUGGUCAACUGGAAUAUUUGUGCUAGUACUAUGUCUACUUCGAAGGAACCAGUUUCACACAGACAUUGCCUUAAAGCUGGGAAGCAGCUUCUCCCUAGUUCCAUUUGUUAUAGUCGUUGCUGUUUGCACUCUACUAGCAAUGCUGCCAACGCUACCUGUUGCUCAGCUUUUCUUCUUCCACAUUCUUCUCAUCAAAAAGGGAAUCAGUACAUACGACUACAUAGUUGCACUUAGGGAACAAGAGCAAGAGCUAGAAGAAGGCGGUGGAGGUCAACAAAGCCCUCAAAUGUCAAUGAUCAGCUCAUUCACUGGGCUAAGCAGUGCAAGCUCCUUCAAUACAUUUCACCGUGGAGCUUGGUGCACCCCACCGCGUCUGUUUGUUGAGGACCAGUUUGAUGUAGUUCCGCCAGAGAAUGCGUCUGUAAGUUCAUAUGGGAAGAAGACAGUGGUUGAGGAACGCGUCAAGAAGAAGACGCAACCUGUGAAGAUCAGUCCAUGGACUCUAGCGCGUCUCAAUGCGGAAGAAGUCUCAAAGGCAGCAGCAGAGGCAAGGAAGAGAUCCAAAAUUAUCCAGCCUGUCGAGAGGAGGGAAGCAAGCAGCAGCGACCGUAGAAAGUUCCCGGCAAAACUUGAAGCUGGUAAUACCAACGGGAAGCAGCAGAGAAGGCAAUCUAAGCAGCGCAUAAGGUUACCAGCAGAAUUGCCUCUGAUGAAUGUUCAGACAAGAAUUGCCUCUAUGGAGACAUCAACUAGCUCAGGGCUAGGUCCUCUUCAGCUAGAAGCAAGAAGCGCGUUUCAGACAAGUCGAGCAAUGUCAGGGUCAGGUGGUGUUAUGGGGACAUCUUCACCAGAGAGCAGCUUAGACUCGCAUGACAUUCACCCUUUUAGGGUGUCGUCUGAAGCAGAAGGGUCAGCGCAGGUCAACCGGUUUUCUUCAGAUGUUGGUCAGAAGAGAGGACAGCAACAACAACAAUCCAUGAUGAUGAUGAUGAUGCCAUUGUCAAGGUCUACAAGUGGUGGAUACGAUGCCUCUGGUGGAGAAGACAGUGAUCAGGUUCCUUCUAGAAACAUCCACAAAUCAAGAUAAGAAGUAUAAUAAUCAUCACUCCUUGAGGCAUUCUUUGAUAAAUGGCUGGUCACAUUCAAAUGGAUCGAUCAAGAAAAGACUUUAACAACAAUGUUUGCGAGGAGCUCUUAAGGGAAGCAUCUGUAGGGGGAAAGCGGGGAAGACUAUUGUGUAUUCUUAAGAUUUUUAUUGUUUAAGGUGACGAGCAGGUUGAACAUGAUCUUUAGGGAUUAACCAGAACUUUCUUUACUUGUUUUUGUUAGGAACAAAUCUUUUUUUUCUUUCUUUCUGAAAAAGAUGUCAAAGUUGCACAGUUCAUAUGUUGUUAUCUCCUUGCAUUGCUGUGUU